AUGGCAUUUCCCUUCGUGCGGGCCUUCGUCGCGCUAUUUUGCUAUCGCUACUUCCGCCUCGUAGUCAACCUGAUCUCAUUCUGGUCAUUCAAGCCGAUCCCCCCACCAGAGACGCCCAAACUCACCUCCCAGGAUGUCACGGUGAUCAUCCCCACGCUGGAGGGCUGUGGCGAGGAAUUGGUCGAGACGAUCCGGUCCAUUCUGGAAAACCAACCCUAUGAAGUCCUCCUGGUGACCAUCGAGGCCAAUCGCAAGCGCGCCGAGAAGAUGCUGAGUGCGAUGCCCGCCUCGCAUUCGCGCAUCCGCUUGUUCACCGUCACCCACCCUAACAAGCGGCGCCAGAUGACGCGCGCCAUCCCGGAGGUGCGCACCGCCAUCACGCUCUUGGCCGACGACGACGUGAGCUGGCCGACGACGGUGCUGCCGUGGAUUCUGGCCCCGUUUGAGAAGGAUGACCGCUAUGGCGGGGUGGUAACCUGCCAGCGCCUGCGGCGUGCGGCGGCGCCGACCCUCUCACAGCGCGUCUGGGGCUUCCUGGGCGCGUUGUAUCUCGAGCGACGCAAUUUUGACUGCGGAGCGACCACGAAUGUCGAUGGCGGGCUGCCGUGCAUGUCUGGCCGCACGGUGGCCUAUCGUACGAAGAUCCUCCAGGACGAGGGCUUCACCUACGCCUUCACCAACGAGGAGUGGUGGUGGGGAAAGUAUCAGCUCAACGCCGAUGAUGACAACUUUAUCACCCGCUGGAUGGUCUCGCAUGGCUGGGAGACGUAUAUGCAGUACCACCCCGAGGCCGAGGUGCUCACCACGCUAGAGGAUAAUCCCCGAUUCCUGAAGCAAUGCGCACGCUGGUCCCGCAGCAACUGGCGGAGCAAUCUCACCAGCAUGUUCCACGAGAAGCACAUCUGGUACCGCCAGCCCUGGAGCGCCUAUGCCGUGCACUUAACCACAUUGUCGCCUCCGGCCUUGCUCGGCGACUUACUCCUCGUCUGGCUGUGCCACAAGGCUAGUGUAGGUUGGGGGGAGGUCUUGCACGACCGCGCGAUGACUUCGCUCUACCUGUGGAUGUUUACGAGCAAGUGGAUUAAACUGCUGGGCCACUAUAUCCGCUACCCGGUCGAUGUGUUUCUGUUGCCCGUGUCGGUGCUGUUUGGGUAUUUCCACGGAGCCAUCAAGGUGUACGCGGUGAUGACCCUCAAUGUGGACUCUCAGCUGACCCAGCAUGUGCCGUUUUCUGUACAGACUACAUGGGGUAGCCGUGAUGGCGCCGACGACUAUGACGCCGAGCGUAUGAAGAAGCGCACCGAUGCCGAUCGCAGGAAGGAGCCCUACUACCCCAGCUACCUCACCAAAUAA